AUGGCUCACGCUAUUGUGGCAUUGUUUGUGUUGGCCUCCUGCUUUUCCAGCGUUGUCUGUGUAGACUUGCGGAUCGAUGAACAAGAAGAGAGAGAAUGCUAUGGGACCACAGUUGGCUUUGGUUACUCAGGGACACUCGAGUUUCAUUACCAGCAGCUGAGAAAGCGAUAUGCAGGCUGCACCUAUAUCCAUGGCAACUUGGAGAUCACUAAUAUCCUGGACCCAAACAUUCAGUAUGACCUAAACUUCCUCAAGACCAUACGUUACGUGAGUGGCUAUGUGCUGCUGGGGCUGAUCACAGAGGUGGAACAUAUUCCCAUGGAUAGUCUGGAAGUGAUUAGAGCAAACAAUACCUACAGAAUUAUGGGAGAUGACUACAGUCUUGUGGUUGUACUUACUUCAAGAUUAGACGAGGACAACUCCGGACUCAAAAGUCUGCACAUGCCACGUCUUAAAGAAAUCUCCUAUGGGAAAGUGCUGUUUACCAGGAACCCUUCGCUGGGCUAUGUGAACACAAUCAACUGGGAUCCCAUUGUUAGAGGGCGACCAGACUCUGUUCAUUUCUUGGACCAUGCCUUUGAUGAAUCAGUUUCAGAAAAUGAUGGUGUAACAAAUUGCUUGCAAGGUGGUAAAUGGGGUGAUGAUUCUUCUCUGUGCCAACAAGCUGUGGCCAGGACCUGUCAUGAGAAGUGCCAAGGCCGAUGCUUCGGUCCAGGAGAGCUGGAAUGCUGCCACAACUCUUGUGCUGUUGGCUGCAAUGGUGGCAGCGACGAGCUGUGUUUUGUAUGCAAAGAUUACCAGUAUGAGAACCACUGUGUGGGGUUCUGCCCUGCCAAGUCCUACCCGAAGUCACAAAACUGUGUCAAGUACUGA